AUGCCGGCCCCCGCUACUCGUCGCAACACCAACCGCACGCGUUGCCGGCUCGCCGACUGCAACAAGUUCGCGCAGACGCGUGGACUGUGCAAGGCACACGGCGGUGGCUCGCGCUGCCGUCAUCCGGACUGCCACAAGCUCGCGCAGAGUCGCGGCCUGUGCAUCGCCCACGGAGGCGGCCGCCGCUGCACCGUUGAGAACUGCAACAAGCUCGCGCAGUCGAAGGGCCACUGCAUCUCUCACGGUGGCGGCCGCCGUUGUGCCAUCCCUCACUGCGAUAAGUUCUCGCAAGUCCGAGGAUACUGCAAGGCCCACGCCAAGGUGCUGAUGGUCUUCAGGGCCCCCUCGUCCCCCACCUGCGCUGCACUCUUGACGCCGCCAGCGUCUGCCAUGGCCAGCCCCAACGUCGCCAUGUCCCCGGUCAAGUCGAAGCACUCCAUCGACUUCCUAGUGAACCCUCCGCCGCCCAGCGAGUUGCCGGCGAUGGCGAGCGCUCCGUUCAUCCCCGCGUCGCCAUUUCUCUCAGCACCGGCCGUUCAACUCCCCAAGCUUCAGACGAGCGAGGGGCUCAUCAAGCAACGCUCGUUGCUAUCGUUCCUCAACCCUCCGACCUCCAGUACCCCCGCUGCAGUACUACCGCAGUUGAAGGUGCCACCGAUGACCUUCAGACCGCAGGCGCUGUACCGCUAA